AUGGAUAAGUUUUGUACUGAAUACUUGCGCAGAAGUAUGCUUCAGGUUCUAACUUCUGCAGGUUUCGAAAAGAGUUCUAGGAUAGCGGGCGAAGUUUUUGCUGAUGUUCUAAAAGAGUAUUUAAUGUGCUUGGGUAAAUCUACACAGGAGAGCGCGAUCAAUGCUGGAAGAACAAAAGCAACUUCUACGGACGUUCUGGCUGCAUUUGAAGAACUCGAGAUCAAUAUUGAUGAGUUAAAGGAGUGGGCACAAACUGAGGGGAAGAACCUUGGGGGUUAUGCUGGACCCCAACCCGUAAUCUUGAAAGAUUUAUUAAGGGGUGGACUUCCUGGUUAUUCUGUAAAUAAUAUAUCUAAUAGGCUGCCAAACAUUGUGAAUCAGAAUGCUAAAAUCGUCGCAACAUCAUCAAAUGAGAUUCAGGCUAUUUAUUCUGACGAGGGUGUGUCAACAUUAGAAAAUAAGCAUCAACCUUUGAAUUUAGCCGAAGGCAUACAAAACUUUGAGUUUCAUGAGGAUGUAGUUAUUAGAAAAAGAGGAGAAGACAAAAUGAUUAUCGACACCGAUGACUCAAACGGGAAUGUUAAAAAUUUAACAGAGGACAAAGUUAAUGAAGAGUUGAAGGAAGAAAUAAACGGCGAGAGCAAGUUCUCUGCUGAUGGUAAUGAAAACAGAUUUGACGACACAACGGAAAUGCAAAUCGACAUUUCUGUUGACCAACCGAACAAUUAUGUCAAAUCUUUAGAACAAUGGCCUCAGGUGCGACCUUCAUACGUUCCUGAGUGGCUUCCACCAUUUCCGACGAUCAUAUCUCAUAAAGAGGAUCGCGAAAAGGGCGAUGAACACGAGGCAAAAGACAAAAAACCGGAGCCCGCAGUUGAUAAUGCAGAGAGUGCGAUUGUCGAAAAUAUUACGGGGAUUAAUUCAGAGAUGAAAGGUGCCUCGACAAGCUCAUUGGUCAACACGCCUCACGACAGAAAUGUGAAAACAAGCCGUCGUAUAAAACGUUCCCCAGAUCAGCGCCCACCGACCUAUGAUCAAUUUACGAAUAUAUAUAAAUCAAUCACCUCGACCAAGCAAACUAUGAAAGAUCUAGAAGCGGAAACAACGAAAGAUGAAAAAAAAAAGAAGCGCAAGUUGAAAGUUUCAACGUUAUCAUUGUUUCCAUCGCAUCAUGCCUUUGAGACGAAAUUUGAUGGGUGUGAUGGAAUCAUUCCUCCUGAAACGCCUAAUUCAUUGCCAUUCUUUAAAGACAUACCAAGAAAAAUUCCCAUCUUCGCAUAUCCGCCUCCCAAACCUAGCAAGAGUGUGGAAUCAAAAGCACCAUCGCAGACGGUGUCAGCUUCUUCAGACGCGAAGAUUGUUGAAGAAAAACUUUCAGCAUCACGAAAAGGAAAGGAAAAAGAAAAAAUGAUUAUAUUCACUCCUGAUAAUUUUGAAGCCCCCAUGCCUCAACCUCUUCCAUCAAAGUCUCAAACUCCUGUUCAACGAGAUACAAAGAGUAAAUCAAAAAAAGCGUAUACUCCAGUAUCUUCGGAAAAACCUAUUCAAAAACCUAGGAAGGGUUCGCAAGCUGGCACGACGGUGCUUAAAUUACGCGUAGGAACUUCAACUGCUUCAGCUAUUUCUUCUACCCCGUCAGUACAAACAGAAUUAGUUGUUAAUAAUGACACUGCAGAUCCGCCUGAAAUCAUUAACUGCAUUUGUCCAUAUCCUCUUUCAGAGAUUGACGAUGGAAAUUUCAUGCUAUCAUGCGACAAUUGCCAAGUUUGGUUUCACGGAAUAUGUACAGGAUUUGGUCCUACACCCGUAGAAGUAAAUACGUGGUAUUGUGAACGGUGUAUAGAAAAAGGUAUAUCUUAG